GGUGCAUGCUGUCCAACUGAGAGCACCUGGUGCAUAUCACAACAAUGAUACGAAGGAAACUGAUAUUUAUACUGCCAUUACUGGUAGGCGUGACGUACGGACAAGUGAAUAAUCCAUACGAGUACAAUGGAAGCUCGAACGUGCGAUAUCAGCGGCCAAGUGCACUUUAUGGACCAAGGCCACUUCGCGUACCAGGUGAACCUGUAUCUGCAGCCCCAGCUCCAGUACAAUCUCGAGCAGUCGCGUUCACCAGGAAGGCAGUAACACCACUCCCAAUAAACUAUGGUGACAAACAAACGAUAACUGCUCCAGAAGUGUACUCAAUUCAACCAGAACGUGAGGAAGCAGAUCUAAAGCAGGCAGCAGAACCUAUAUCUGUUCAACACCCAACACCUGCACCAAUCCCAUUGCCUCCACCAGUCUACGUCCAGCCCCCUGCACCUGAACCUAUUUUGCUGCCAGCUCCAGUCAAUGAACAACCCCCUGCGUCUGAACCUGUUCCACUGCCGGCUGUAGCCGACAUUCAGGCACCUGCACCUGACCCAAUUCCCCUACCAGCUCCAGUCUAUGAACAACCUCCUGCACCUGAACCUAUUGCACUACCAGUUCCAGUCUAUGUUCAAUCUCCUGCACCUGCGCCAGAACCAAUCUUACUGCCACAACCGGUUUACGAACAACCACCAGCUCCCGUCGCAUAUCCACAACCGGAGCUGGAGCAGCCGGCCCCAGAGCUAUCACAAAAAGCUGUACCUUUUUCUGAACCACAGUUUCCAGAGAACCGUGUAGCAGCUUAUGUGCCACCUGUGCCUCUACCUUCGAAACUAGAAUCUUUACCUCCACUUCUUCCUAAGCCUGAACACGUUCGGGAACUUGCUUUUAUCGGAAAUCCAACGCCGUCUAACGAUGUAAUAACAGAGCAAACAACAGUGCCACCAAUACCUCCAGUGACUUAUAGCCCUAACCCUGUAACACUACCGCCUGGACACAUAUGGGUGGACUUCCAAUGCAAUGGAGAUGGUUACUAUGCAGUUGCUAACGAAUGUGAUACCUUCUUCGACUGCAAGGACGACAAAGCAUAUAAAUACUUGUGUCCUGAUGGUCUACACUUCAAUCCCGUAGCGAAACGUUACGAAUAUCCUUGCGCUGACCAAUCAGAAGUGAAAUGCGUGCGUGUAACUCCACUACCGGCUCCAGUCUAUGAACAACCCCCUGCACCAGAACCUGUUGUACUACCGGCUCCAGUCUAUGAAAAACCUCCUUCACCUGCAUCAAUCCCAUUGCCUCCACCAGUUUUUGUUCAACCCCCUGUACCAGAACCAUUACCUCAACCUGUUCCAGUUUAUGAACAAGCCCGUGCACCAGAACCUGUUGCAUUACCGGCUCCAGUCUAUGAACAACCUCCUUCACCUGCACCAAACCCAUUGCCUCCACCAGUUAUUGUUCAACCCUCUGCACCAGAACCAUUACCUCAACCAGCUCCAGUUUAUGUUCAACCCCCUGCACCUGAACCUGUUCCACUGCCAGCUCCAGUCUAUGAACAAUCCCCUGCACCAGAACCGGUUGCUCUACCAGCUCCGGUUUAUGUUCAACCCCCGGCACAAAAACCUGUUCCACUGCCAACUCCAGUCUAUGAACAACCCCCUGCACCAGAACCGGUUGCUCUACCAGCUCCGGCCUAUGUUCAACCCCCGGCUCAAGAACCUGUUCCACUGCCAACUCCAGUCUAUGAACAACCCCCUGCACCAGAACCGGUUGCUCUACCAGCUCCGGCCUAUGUUCAACCCCUGGCACAAGAACAUGUUCCACUGCCAGCUCCAGAACCGCUCCAGUCUAUGAGCAACCCCCUGCGCCAGAACCGGUUGCUCUACCAGCUCCGGCCUAUGUUCAACCCCCGGCUCAAGAACCUGUUCCACUGCCAGCUCCAGUCUAUGAACAACCCCCUGCACCAGAACCGGUUGCUCUACCAGCUCCGGCCUAUGUUCAACCCCCGGCACAAGAACCUGUUCCACUCUCCGGCCUAUGUUCAACCCCCGGCACAAGAACCUGUUCCACUGCCAGCUCCAGUCUAUGAACAACCCCCUGCACCAGAACCGGUUGCAGUACCAGCUCCAGCCUAUGUUCAACCCCCUGCACCAGAACCGGUUGCUCUACCAGCUCCGGCCUAUGUUCAACCCCCGGCACAAGAAACUGUUUCACUGCCGGCUUCAAUCAGUGCACAACCCCCUGCCUCUGAACCUGUUGCACUACCGGCUCUAGUAUAUGAACAACCGCCUGCUCCUGCACCAAUCCCAUUGCCUCCACGAGUCUUUGUUCAAUCCCCUGCACUAGAACCAAUACCUCAACCAGCACCAGUUCAUGAUCAACCCCCAGCACUUGAACCUGUUGCACUACCGGGUCCAGUCUAUGUUCAACCUCCUGCACCUGCGCCAGAACCAAUCUUACUGCCACAACCGGUUUACGAACAACCUCAUUACGAUCGACCAGAGUUGGAACAACCCGCCCCAGAGCCAGCACAAACACUCGUACCUCUUUCUGAACCACAAUUUUCAGAGAUCCGUGUAGCAGCUUAUGUGCCUCCUGUACCUCUACCUUCAAAGCCGGAGUCUUUACCGCCACUUCUUCCUAAGCCUGAACACGUUCGGGAACUUGCUUUUAUCCGAAAUCCAACGUCGUCUAACGAUGUAACCACGGAGCAACCAACAGUGCAGCCAACACUUCCGCCUACUUUACCACCAAUCACAAAUCCUCCUGCACCGGUCACUUUUCCUCCUGAACCGAUCACUUAUCCCCCUGUACCGGUCACUUUUCCUCCUGAACCGAUCACUUAUCCCCCUGUACCGGUCACAUAUCCCCCAGCACCGGUAACUUAUCCUCCUGCACCGGUCACCUAUCCCCCAGCGCCGGUGACUUAUGACCCGAACCCUGUAACACUACCGCCUGGAUACUUAUGGGUGGACUUCCAAUGCAAAGGAGAUGGUUACUAUGCAGUCGCUAACGAAUGCGAUACCUUCAUCGACUGCAAUCACGAUAAAGCAUAUAAGUACUUGUGUCCUGAUGGUCUGCACUUCAAUCCUGCAGCGAAACGUUACGAAUAUCCUUGCGCUUAUCCAUCAGAAGUGAAAUGCGUAGCUGGUGCCGUAGAACAAAUUCCAAAGGCCACCGACCAAUGUCCCAAUCAAUACGGUUACUACGCGAUUGAAAACGGUGACUGCAGCAAAUACAUCAUGUGCCAAGAAGGUGCAGCUACCGUCAUGGAAUGUCCCAUGGGUCUGGUAUUCAACUCUGAAAUAAGCAUCUGUGAUUGGCCGUCGAAUGUACCACAAUGUAGCCCGUCUGUGUUCAAGGACUUCGUCUGCCCUGAUCCCCCUAAAGACAAUGAUGGACUAGUUUCUGAUAUCAUCUACAAAUACAGGUUCGGGAAUCAAUGUAAACAGUACAUCGCCUGCCAACUGGGCCAUCCUCGACUCCUGAGCUGCGAUGGUGGACUCGCAUUCGAUGAAGCUUCACAGUCGUGCAUAGAUGAAGAUUACGUCAGAUGUGCAGCUCCCAAUACACAGGAAUAAAGACCGUCUAGGAGAGCAUAGUAAAUUGACACCAAAAACAAGAAGACUUAUGAGUAGGACUGAAAUUAAUAUAUCUAGGUAAAUAAAAUAUUAAAUGAGAAUUGUAAUGCAAA